AUGAAACUGCUGAGGAUUCUGGUAUCAGGGAUCAAUUACCUGAUCCUCCUGCUCUUCUCCAUCUUCUUAGCAGGUAGGCCACUGGAGCCAUCUUAGCGGUGGUCCGCAAUCUGACCGGUCAGGGAGAAAAGAAAAGAAAAGAAAAGAAAAGAAAAGAAAAGAGUAGGGGGCGAGCAGGGUCCCUCCUCCUGCUCCUGCUCCUGUUCCUCCUGUGGUGCCAUAACAUGUGGAGGUUAUUCUAAAGUGUCUCACUGUCCAUCCAGGGUGGUUGGAGGAAUUGCUUCUUCAGAUGACCUGUUUAUUGGUCCUGGUUUGCUUGUCCAAUGCUUACACAGAAGAAGGGAUGGACAAACAUCAAAGAUGCUCAAUCAGUGUGGUGUAGUGGUUAGAGUGUCGGACUAGGACCUAAGGGAACAGGGUUCCAAUCCCCACCCGGAUAAGAAACUCACUAGCUGACCUUGGGACAGCCAUUGCAUCCCCUCCAACAUGUUGAGUCCCCAAACUGGGAUGCAGGUAUCUUCCCGUCUGUGAUAUCACAUGAGUCAUGUGACCCGGUUGACAUCACAGCGCUCCCAACAUAUGCUUUCUUUUCAGGGCCGUGCUCUCACAGUGCCCCAGACCACACAUUUUGGGGCACCAUGCAAGAUCUGGAAAAGUAAAGCUUUUUUAGGACAAAAUCUUCUGGGGCGGUGGAAAUUGAGUGUCCUGUUUUUUGGGGACACUUGCAGGCUAUGCCGCUGCCCCUCAGCCUAACCAACCCCAUAGGGUCUUUGUAGGGAUUAAAUGAGGAGUUUCUUCAUAAAAGUGAUGCACCACACUUUGUAGUACCAAUAGCUCCAGUUGUGUUAGUAGAUCGUAGAUCAUAGAAUCGUAGAAUUGGAAGGGACCCUGAGGAUCAUCUAGUCCAACUCCUGCAAUUCAGGAAUAUGCAGCUGUCCCAGGCAGGGAUCGAACCUGCAACCUUGCUAUUAUCAGCACCACGCUCUAACCAACUCAGCUAUCCGGGUGAUGGGUAGUCUUGGCAGAUUAUAAAUUUAACAAGAACAGUAAGAGGGCUGUGUCCCUACUAAAUAUGCUCUGAACUGGGUAUUCUUAAUAUCCGGCAUGAGAAUUGGGGAAGCUUUGAGUUUGAGAUGUCCGCCCCCCAAAUGUCAGCACACAAUCUGACCAGCCACUGGCAUAGCUAUCGAGGUUUCCCUUUUUUUAAGGGAAAUUCCCUUAUUCCGAAUAGGAUUCCUCACAAGAAAAGGAAAAAGUUGACAGCUAUGACCACGGGGUUUGAACCCAAAGAGCCAGCAAGAGUUGGCUACUUGAUGUCAGUGUCGUAUGAGGCGAUGCUAGCACAUGUAUUGUGUUUUUUUUUUUUUACAGAGGUAGAUUGAAAACCAGUUUGUUUGGGUUGGGAUGGGGGAAAGCUCAUCUGUCAAGGAGAAACUGUCACUGCGAAAGAAACAAGCCCUUGUGUCUGCAACAGAAUAAGAUUCUUUUCUUACGGGAAGGGUGGCUGACGUGAAUAAAGGCAAGAGUUGAAACAGAGUUCAAUCCUGCUUUAAAAGCCAGAACCAAGGCCAAGAAGUACAAGCCAAAAAGAAGUUUACUUACGUUCAGUUCACAGUAGGUUCCCUGAAGGCAGGCUUUAGCUUGUAGUUACAGAAAAGAGAGUGGGUUCAUCCCAUGUUGGGAAAUGAGCCCAUGUGCUGCUUGCUGGCUGAGAACCAGCAGACACCCAAAUACCGUAUUUUUCGCCCUAUAGGACACACUUUUCCCCCUCCAAAAAUGAAGGGGAAAUGUGUGUGCGUCCUAUGGGGCGAAUGCAGGCUUUCGCUGAAGCCUGGAGAGCGAGGGGGGUCAGUGCGCACCGACCCCUCUCGCUCUCCAGGCUUCAGGAAGCUAUCCACUAGCCGUGGGAGACACAGCUCUCCCACGGCUAGCGGAGAGCUUGCCUGCACCCAGAAGCUUGGGGCGCGCUGAGCUCAGCACGCCCCAAGCUUCGGGCUUCGCACAGCCCUCCGCUAGCUGUGGGAGAGCCACGCGAAGUCGCACGGCUCUCCCACGGCUAGCGGAUAGCAGCCUGUUCUGGGGGCUGGGGUCGGGGGAAGCUCGGGCUUCCCCCGCCCCAGCCCCGCACCUGGGGGGGGAAUAAAAAAAAAUUCUUUAUUUCCCCCCCAAAAAACUAGGUGCAUCCUAUGGGCCGGUGCGUCCUAUGGGGCGAAAAAUACGGUACAUCAAGAUGGAGUAACUUGAAGAAGAAGGGGAAAGAUGGCUGUGGGACUGACCCUUUUAUUGGGCCUCACAGGCUCAUGCCCAUCUACCUGGUCACACGCAGAGGGAGGAUGUCCAGGUGUGACAGGAAGUCCUCCCGGCUGGAGCAACAUCCCCCUGUGUGUCCACUCUGGGCAAACAGGAAGCGUUGUACUUGACUGCUUAUGUUACAUCCCACAGGAAUAACGAUGUCAACUAUUUAUGGAUUGUUUUGUGGAAAAGUUACACGAUGCUGCGUCAAGCAAGUGCUGUCCCAUACUUCCCAGGGCAUCUUUCUGGUCACAGUUCGUAUCGCUUAAAAAAAGGCCAUUUUAGGGAGUGAAAUUGGUUUGUUGCUCAGGAUCUCAAAAUCAGCUUUAAUUCCGCAGCCUGAAUUUGCUGGUAUGUGACUCUCACCUGAAGAAAAAAGUACCAAAAAGAAUCCAAGGUUUGUGGAUUUCACAGAGGGAUUUCACACCUCCCUGCACCCCAUUAUUUGAGUACUGUGUAAUGUAUGAAUUGGGUUUGACAGUUCUCUCCCAUUAUCAGCCGCUGGUACAAAUACAUCUGUCAGCACUAUGCUGCCCCUAGUGGCUCUGAGUGGUAGCGCAUCAGGAGCCACAGAGAACACAAUUGCACCCGCUGAAAAGAUGAGGCCUACCAAAACACAUCCCAGUGGAAACACAACUCGAGUGGAAGAACAACAUGACUAACAAGUGUGACUCUCAGCACGACUGAACCUGUUGAGGACUUAAGGUUUCACCACCCCUGCCACCUUCGAGAUGGCUUAUGGUCAGAGUGCCUUCUGGACUGUGCUUACUUGGUGCCGAGUGUGAACUGCAAGGGCUCCUGGGAAAUAUGUUGCCAUGGUAAAUGAAGAAGAUCAAGCAUCUGCAACAAUUAAAUAGACUCCACUGGACUUAAGCAUAUACCCUCUGAAUUUAACCAGUGUUUAAAGUUCUAAGAUUACAGCAUUAACCAGAAGCUCCUAUAAGCUCAGGUUCUGUUAACAUCUUGCUAUCGGGAGCAAAUCUGCUAUGAUACUAGUGAAGCUCAAGCUUCCAGGGCCCCUCAUCUUGGAGAGACCCAGAAGCAAAUUUAGUCCACAUUGCUUUUAAAAAAUGGGCCUAGUAAACCCAAUUUGAGUCGCGCGAGUCAAACUGAUUAAAUUUUGGUUGUCUAUCUUUCAACAGUCCCAAGGUCUGAGAGUCACAGAUGUUGCAGAGGUCUGGUGAUCUGUAAUAGAACAACCCCAUUGAAGAAGAUAACAAGAGUCACCCAGACCUCGUUUCUGGGUGCAAAGGGGGGCCCCCAUAACAGUUAAAGCUUCAGGGCCCCCAAAAAUGUAGGCCUGCCACCGCUUGUGAGGUCACAAAAAUUAGUUGUAAAUAGUAUAUUUUGGGUCAUGACCUUGCAAGGAGAGGAGACGAUAUUUACAGAAGAGUAGGGUGAUUUACUGGCUUAAUAAUUAUUUGCCUGGAUUCCCCUUUCUUAAUAAUAAUAAUAAUAAUAAUAAUAAUACAGUGGUACCUUGGGUUACAUACACUUCAGGUUACACACUCCGCUAACCCAGAAAUAGUGCUUCAGGUUAAGAACUUUGCUUCAGGAUAAAAACAGAAAUUGGGCACUGCAGCAGCAGGAGGCCCCAUUAGCUAAAGUGGUGCUUCAGGUUAAGAACAGUUUCAGGUUAAGAACGGACCUCCGGAACGAAUUAAGUACUUAACCCGAGGUACCACUAUAAUAAUAAUAAUAAUUUAUUAUUUCUACCCCGCCCAUCUGGCUAGGUUUCCCCAGCUACAGUGGUGCCUCGCAAGACGAAAUUAAUCCGUUCCGCGAGUCUCUUCGUCUUGCGGUUUUUUCGUCUUGCAAAGCACGGCUAUUAGCGGCUUAGCAGCUUAGCGGCUAUUAACGGCUUGGCGGCUUAGCGGCUUAGCGGCUAUUAACGGCUUAGCGGCUUAAAGAAAAAGGAAACAAACUCGCAAGAACUCGCAAGACGAAGCAAGCCCAUAGGGAAAUUCGUCUUGCGGAACGACUCAAAAAACGGAAAACUCUUUCGUCUUGCGCGUUUUUCGUCUUGCGAGGUACCACUGUACUCUGGAGAGCUUCCAACAAAAGAUUAAAAAUACAUUAAAACAUCAGUCAUUAAAAGCUUCCCUAAACAGGGGAGUAGAAGGGAUUAAUGCUCCUGAACAGCAACUGCUGGAAACCACGAGAGGGGAGAGGGCUCUUGUGCUCAGAGGGUUUUCCAUAUGUAUUUGGGUGGCCACUGGGAGAACAAGAUGCUGGACUAGAUAGGUCAUUGGGCUGAUCCAGUAAGCUCCCCUUAUGUUCUUAGCAGUUUCAUUUUUCUCCUCACUUGCCAGCCACUGGUGUUGGCACCUCAGGCAACAUCACCACAGGAACCACGAGCACACCAGCUGCACCAGUGACCAACAGCACCAUUCUGCCAGUUAACACUGCCAACACCACCAGGACAUCUCUUGCUACCACAGCUUCAUCCACGGUCGCUAGUGGCAACCAGCCAUCAAACACAAGCGAUGACGCUGUACUGCUAAUGAGCAUCACCACAUCAGCAGGAGCCCAUGUUGAAACUGAUAUUGCCAUACCAGGUAUGGAUAGGCCUACUAAACUUCCUCAAUUUCUUCCCAAGCUCACCUUUUGAAGGCCACCUUCUGUCUGCCCCUUUCUAACACCCUCUCCGUCGCCUUCUUUCACCGCAGGAACAGAGAUGACACAGAGUCCAGAAGAUCAACCGUUGACGUUCUGGGGGAUCAUUCUGAUCUCCUUAGCAGUGACUGCAACUAUCACAGCAGGCUUCAUUGGAUGCUUCUUCUUCUUCUGCAGAGUAAGGCGGGCAUGCCAGCUUUCAUCAUAUUGCUGGGAGAUGGGCCAGUGACAUAAUCAGAGCCAGGAUUCAAGUGAAUAAGAUGCUGGGAAGACACUGGCACUUUUCAACACAGCGGCUCCCUGGUAGCUCAGCUGGUUAGGUGCUGAUCAUGCCAAGGUUGCAGGUUCGAUCCUGUUGGUCUAGAUCAGGGAUAUCCAACAGGUCGAUCACGAUCUACUGGUAGAUCCCUGUGAUGUUUUGGUAGAUCGCGGUCGAUCUCUGGCUCCCUUUCCUCUUCGUUGGUAAAUCUGACUCCUGCGCCGACCUCAUCCCGGCCUCCAUUGUUGUUUGAACUCAGGAAGGGAAGACAGAGCUCCCUCUGUGUGGCUGUUUUCAUCCACAGCGAUGUUUUUGUGUGUGACUUAACCCCAACCUCCCUUGCCUUCCUCCACCACCCCAAAACGGAACUCCCCUCCCCCCAAAAGCCUGCACCUUAACCCCCCCAAAAAACGGGGCUUUCCUCCUCCCAAAGAAAGCUCAACAACUUUGAACUGAACCCCUUAAAAACGGGGGUAGAUCACUGCCAGAUUUUAAUUCUGAAAGUGGAUCGCAGUCUCUUGGGAGUUGGCCACCUCUGGACUAGAUUAUCCUCAGGGUCCCUUCCAACUCUGCAGUUCUAUGACUGGCCCUAAUGCCAUGUCCUAAGCUAGCUAGAUGCUUGCUAAAAUAGAGUACACUGGCAACAAGGAGAGAUUGUCGCAGCAUAUAUCAUUUUGUUUGCAGAUAAAGGUAAAGGUAAAGGGACCCCUGACCAUUAGGUCCGGUCGUGGCCGACUCUGGGGUUGCGGCGCUCAUCUCGCUUUAUUGGCCAAGGGAGCCGGCGUACAGCUUCCAGGUCAUGUGGCCAGCAUGACUAAGCCGCUUCUAGCGAACCAGAGCAGUGCAUGGAAACGCCAUUUACCUUCCCGCCGGAGCGGUACCUAUUUAUCUACUUGCACUUUGACGUGGUUUUGAACUGCUAGGUUGGCAGGAGCAGGGACCAAGCAACGGGAGCUCACCCCGUCGCGUGGAUUCAAACUGCUGACCUUCUGAUUGGCAAGUCCUAGGCUCUGUGAUUUAACCCACAGCGCCACCCGCAGAGCAAAAUAGAUGUGAGUUGUUUAUAGAAUUAUUUUUUUUAAAAAAACCCCUACUUAUUAGAUUCAGGAAGUGGCAGUAAAGGAAAGGGUAUUCAUCCUUUAUAUCCUGCCCCCUCUUCCUUUCCUCUCCCACCCUUCACAGAGUCUGCCAUUUGUUCAACUUUGGGGAAAGAGGCACAGAGCAUCUAUCAUCUGCAGGAGGACGUUAACAGCAUAGGAGAGGUAUAGAAAUUUAAUUGGAGAAAGAGUAUGAGAGGAAAGAGUUAAACAUGCUCGCUCUCGAGUGCUCUCUCUUCCCCCCCCCCCCCAACUCCACUUCCUUGAUCAUCCACAUGAGGCCACUAAUGAGUUCUUGUUUUUAAAGAAGUAGAUCCAGGUCAUAAUUUUGUACAUCUCACCUGUUGUUGUUUAGUUGUGUCCGACUCUUCGUGACCCCAUGGACCAGAGCACGCCCGGCACUUCUGUCUUCCACUGCCUCCCGCAGUUUGGUCAAACUCAUGCUGGUAGCUUCGAGAACACUGUCCAGCCAUCUCUUCCUCUGUCGUCCCCUUCUCCUUGUGCCCUCCAUCUUUCCCAACAUCAGGGUCUUUUCCAGGGAGUCUUCUCUUCUCAUGAGGUGGCCAAAGUAUUGGAGCCUCAGCUUCACGGUCUGUCCUUCCAGUGAACACUCAGGGCUGAUUUCCUUCAGAAUGGAUAGGUUUGAUCUUCUUGCAGUCUAUGGGACUCUCAAGAGUCUCCUCCAGCACCAUAAUUCAAAAGCAUCAAUUCUUGCAGUGCAAAUAACGUCUUCACCAGGACAACAGCAAGGAAGAAAGGGGUUAAAUGCCCUCUCUCUCUGCUGUGAUCCCAGUCACAGAAUCACAGUAUUGUAGAGUUUGAAGGGACCCUGAGGGUUAUCUAAUCCCCUGCAAUGCAGGAAUUUCAGCUAAAGCAUCCAUAGCAAAUGGCCAUCCAAUCUCUGCUUAUAAACCUCUGAGGAAGGAGAGUCCAGGAGCUCACAACACAGUCCUUUUUACCAUUAAACAGCUGUUACUGUCCUUUUUUAUAACUUGAAUCCAUUGGUUGGGGCCUACCCUCCAGAACAGAAUACAAGCUUGCUCCUUCUUCCAUGUGACAGCCCUGUAGAUAUCUGAAGGUGGCUAUAAAGUCUCCUCUAAGUCUCCUCUUGAUUCCCAGAUCUUUGAUCAUCUUGGUCACCUUCCUCUGCAGACAUUCCAGCUUGUCAAUAUCGUUAUAUGGUGGUGCCCAGAACUGGACACAGUGUUCCACGUGUGGUCUGACCUAGGCAGAAUAGAGCGGGACUAUUAUUUCCCUUGAUCUGGACACUAUACUUAAGCACAUGUAAAGCUUUUGGUCUACCAAGACCCCUAUCCUUUUCACAUGUACUAGAGGCAAUCUAGGUGUCCCCCAUCUUAUAUUUGUGCAUCUGGUUCAUCCUGCCUUAGUGCAGAACCUUACAUUUGUCCCUAUUGAAAUUCAUUUUGUUAGUUUUGACCCUGUUCUCCAAUCUGUUAAGGUCAUAUUGAAUCCUGAUUCUAUCUUCAUUGGCUCUCAGUACAUUUCCGAGCACAAUUUAAAGUGUUGGUGCUGACCUUUAAAGCCCUAAACGGUCUCGGUCUUGUAUACCUGAAGGAGCGUCUCCACCCUCAUUGUUCUGCCCGGACACUGAGGUCCAGCGCUGAGGGCCUUCUGGCGGUUCCCUCGCUGCGAGAAGUGAGGUUACAGGGAACCAGGCAGAGGGCCAUCUUGGUAGUGGUGCCUGCCCUGUGGAAUGCCCAGCAGAUGUCAAGGCAAUAAACAACUAUUUUACUUUUAAAAGAAAACUGAAGGCGGCCCUGUUUAGGGAAGUUUUUAAUGUCUGACACUGUAUUGUUUUUAAUAUUCUGUGGGGAGCUGCCCAGAGUGGCUGGAGAAACCCAGCCAGAUGGGUGGGGUAUAAAUAAUAAAUUAUUAUUAUUAUUAUCAUCAUCAUCUUCUGUGGCAUUAGCUGCCCCUCCCAUUCGCUACCCCCAGGGGCGGAGGAAGGUGGCGGUGGGGGCGGUGCGCACCGGGUGUCAUCACUGAGGGGGGUGACAUUCGGCGCACCGCCCACCCGCAACUCCCAAGCCUACCCCAACCCAUCAGGGGAAGAGGCAGAGCUGCACCGCUUUGCCGGUGGCCUUCCCCCCUUCCUCCUCUGUAUUGACAGCUCGGGGGAGGCUUGGGAGUCACGGGCAGGUGGGCAGAUGGUGUGCCAUUGCCCCCCACUCCCAGGCCGCUUCCUGGGAGGGAAGCCUCCCCCAAGCUGUCAAAAUGAAGAGGAAAGGGAGGAAGUCUGCUGGCAAAGCGGCGUAGCUCCCUCCCCAACACAACGCAGGAAGCAGCCCACCAUGGGCGGCUCGCUCCACCACUACCCCUGGCAACUCGCUCCGCCCCCAUGAGCGUCUUGCCCCUUGGGACACUCGCCCCGUCCCCAUGGCCCCACCCCAAGGUGCACAGCUUGCUCCGCCUCUGGCUACCCCUCCCAGUUUGACGCUAUAAUUAUGGUCUCCUCCCAGAAGCUGCUAUUUGUACUUGCUCAUUAAUUACAAUGUAUUUAGCAUGGCACAUUAAAUAUAAUGUAUUUAACAACACAUCUAAUUUGGCUGGAAGGAUCAGGAUUCCUGACUUAUUUCAGAGUUUUGGAGAAGAAAUGUACUUACAGUCAUACCUCAUGUUACGUCUGCUUCAUGUUACAUUCUUUCAGGAUACGUCCCGCAGCGACCCGGAAGUACCAGAAAGGGUUACUUCCGGGUUUCGCCGCGUGCGCAGACGCACAAAAUGAUGUCACGCACAUGCGCAGAAGAGGCGAGUUGCAACCCACAUGUGCGCAGACACGCCAUUGCGGGUUGUGCUCUUUGUAUGUUGCGAUCGGGCCUCCGGAACGGAUCUCGUUCGCAACCAGAGGUACCACUGUACUUACUGGCAAUUAGAAAAAUGGUUCAACAGUCUGAGUUGAAACUUGGCAGUGUAGGAAAGGUGAGCCAUGAAUCCUUGAUGAGUUGGGAGUAGAAACAAUUACUCACUUUGAAUGAGUGACUUCAUUUGAUGAGUGACUUCAUGAAUAUAUAUUAUGCUUGAUGAUUUUAAAAAAUGCUUAAGCGGACACUAUUGCCUAAGUUGGGCUUGUUGUUUUUUCUGGAACUAUUGUUAUCUUUUUUCCUCUUUGCUAACAAGAAUACUUCUUUGUCUUUAAUUGCAGAGAAAUAAUUUCUAA